GCCAAGCCGCUCGCUUGCAUACACGUGCGUUUAUGUCCACUGACUGGUGACCACGACGGCAAACUUUCGGAGUCGUAUAAAUAUGCGCUGGCGUUUGUGGCGGGACGUUUUACCCUAAAAACGACAUCGCCGGGUCUUCUACGAUGAUCGCCUGCCCUGGUGAAACGGACGUUUGGUCGCUGUCAAACUACGAUCUUUACAACGCCGUUGCCUUGCUGUGCGAGCAAAGCCGAAAGCCACCGCAGGAACUCCGGCAAUGGCUCUCGCAAAAGAACUGGAGCCCAUCCACCAGAGCAAGUCUUCUGGACCAGUUGUCACAACUGCUCCUCCGUGGCGACUCCACUGCCGACUUGGUGGCCCAGCUGUGCUGCCCAUUGCUGCCCGAGUUGCUGGACCGCUGUGCACGCCAUCCGCGCCAUCGCAAGCGACUGUGUCUCGUUUUGGGUCGUCUAGCGGCCAGAUUUCCUGCAGCUGCCCACUUCGCGGAAGCCUACCUCAAGGAUCAAGGCUGCCUGCCGGCCCUGCUCGAAGGAAUGCCGGGAGAAGGCCACUGUGAAGCCCCUGCUGCCAAACGCCCUCGCGUCGAAACGCCGCUCGAUGUUGUGGGCUGCUGUCUUCAACUGCUCAGUGCCUGGCCUCAGCAGCUGAGGUCACGGUGGGACUGGAGUCCGUUGUUGCCCCUGCUUCAGCAUUCUUCGGGACCUGUCCGCUGGUAUGCUUCACAGUGCCUGUUUUUGUUGCUGUCCCUGCCUGCCCCCGCUCACCAUGCUCUGCUGCUCAGCACAUUACCCAAGGAUCAGGGCUUGGAAACUGAACUACGGCUGGCCACGGAAGUUGCCCUGGCUUCUCUGCGACCCCCCACUUGGCCCCCCUGCUCGGAGUCCCCCGGCCUUCUCUGGACCCACUCCGACCUGAGUGCCGGCGUGGCCUGUAUUUCCGGACUGCUGCUGCCCCGGAGCUUAACUGCAGGCAGCAAGCCACUGGACAAAGCCCUUCAUCAGCGGUGGCGCCCUCCCUCAGCAGAGCGCGCCCUAAGGUCGCUGGCCGAGUGCGUCUCCCGGGGGCGUCCCACCCUUGUGCGGGGGCCCGUGGGGUCUGGCAAGACGACCCUGGUGGGGGACCUGGCAGCCCGGCUGGGCCGGCCGCUGCUCAGCGUCCAGCUGGGGGACCAAGCAGAUGCCCACACCCUCGUCGGUGGAUACGUCUGCUCUGGGGUGGCCGGACGCUUCUCCUGGAGGGAGGGACCCCUCGCAAGGGCCCUCAGGCUGGGUUGCUGGCUGCUCCUGGAAGACCUGGAGCGGGCGUCUCCGGACGUAUCGAGCCUGCUGCUGCCUGUGCUGCAGCAUGGGGCCCUGCCCGGCCUGCCCAGCAACCCUGGGUUCCAGCUGCUGGCCACACACAGGGAGGGGGGUCACCGGGGAAGCGGCGGCCUCUUGCCCACCGAGGCCCUUUGGGCCAGCGUCACCCUGGACCACCCAUCCAGGGAGGAGAUGGAACAGAUGAUCAUUCAUGAAUGGCCUCAACUGGAACCCUUGGCUGGGCGCCUGCUGGACAUGCUCUGCCAGCUGCGGGAGAGGGGCUCUCCUGUGCGUCGCGCUGUCUCGCAGAGGGAUCUGGUGAAGCUAUGCAGGCGCCUGACAGGUCGUGAGUUCACCCUGGAGGGUGUUCGUGUGGCUGAGGAGGCCUUUCAGGACGCCAUGGACUGUUUGUGCCAGAGCGUACGAGAACCCGAGCAGAGACUGGCCCUAGCACAGGCAGUGGGGGCUAAGCUGGGACUACCUAAGGCACAGGUGCUUUAUUUCACCGCCAAUCACAAACCAACGAUUCUGGAGAAUUCGACGGCGGUCACCGUGGGGAGGGUGACGCUUCCUCGGCGAGGAAGGGGCCGCGACCGUGAGUCCAACAGCGGCGUGUUCGCUGGCACCAGGCCGGCCCUCGCGCUCCUGGAGCAACUAGCCGCAGCCGUAGCCAACCGCGAGCCUGUUCUACUGGUGGGAGAGACGGGCGUGGGCAAAACAGCUGCUGUGCAGCAUUUGGCUCGGCUGACAGGGAACUCCCUUACGGUUCUCAACAUGAGCCAACAAAGUGACAGCACAGAUCUGUUGGGAGGCUUCAAACCUGUCGACGUCAAGAUCCUGAUGAUGCCCCUGCGGGACGAGUUUGAGCAGCUCUUUGCCGCAAGCUUCUGCCUGGCACCUAAUGCAAAGUUUUUGUCUCAUGUCACGACAUGCUUCUCGGGCCGCCACUGGCAGGCUUUGUUUCGUCUGAUGCGUCACAGCCAGCAGUGUGCCAUGUCCCGGCUCUCAGGGUCGGCUUCUGACGUGGACCAGUUGGAGAGCUGGCGCCAGUUUGGCCAGCGUCUGGAGCAGGUUCAAUUGCAGGUUCAGCAGGCGGAGCGUGGCCUGGCCUUCGCCUUUGUGGAGGGCGCCCUCGUGCGCGCUCUGGAGACGGGCACCUGGGUGCUGCUGGACGAGAUCAACCUGGCCGAGGGGGAGGCCCUGGAGAGCCUGGCCCCAGUCUUGGACGGAAGCUCCCCCGUCCUCUUCGAGAGGGGGGACCAGGAGCCCGUACCAAGACACCCAAAUUUUCGACUGUUUGCUUGCAUGAAUCCGGCUACGGAUGUGGGCAAGAAGGACCUGCCUGCAGGAAUCCGCAGCCGCUUCACGGAGGUGUACCUUGAAGAGCCCCUGGACGCAUGCGACCUGGAGCUCGUGGCGGACGCCUACCUGGGAGGGGGCCCCACCCGUCCCACCGUGGAGCUCUACCUAGACCUGCGCCGGGCGGCCCAGGAGUCCCUAGCGGACGGCACGGGACGUCGGCCCCACUACAGCCUGCGCACCCUCUGCAGGGCGCUGCGCUACGCCGCCGGUGACCCCUGCGGCAGCUGGGCCCACUCUCUGUACCAGGGGUUCUGCCUCAGCUUCCUGACGGCCCUCGACCGCGGAUCCCACCCGGCCGUGGAGUCGCUGAUCCGCAAGCGCCUGAUCGGCCAGAAGGUCCCCCGAAGCCCCGCGGCACCCUUGGACCGCCCCUCGGUGCAGCUGGAGGGCUACUGGGUCGCCCUGGGGCCCCUGGACCCAGUCUCCCCCGAGGGCUACGUGCUCACGACCACCGUGCGACGGAACCUGCGGGACCUCGCGAGGGCGGCAGCCUGUGGGCGCCACCCCGUACUGCUGCAGGGCGAGACGUCGGCUGGAAAGACCAGCCUGGUGCGCUGGCUGGCCGCCCGCACGGGACACGUCUGCAUGCGCCUCAACAACCACGAGCACACUGACCUGGAGGAGUACCUCGGUAGCUACGGUGCUGAGCCCGAAACGGGGCGCCUGGUGUUUCGCGAGGGCGUACUCGUGGAGGCCAUGCGCAAGGGACACUGGAUUGUUUUGGACGAACUCAACCUGGCCUGCUCGGAGAUCCUCGAAGCCCUGAAUAGGGUCUUGGACGACAACCGGGAACUCUUCGUGCCCGAAACGCAAGAGACGAUACGGGCGCAUCCACACUUCAUGCUCUUUGCCACACAAAACCCGCCGGGGCGCUAUGGAGGACGCAAGGUGCUCUCCCGAGCCUUCCGCAACCGCUUCCUGGAGCUGCACUUCGAGGAGCUGCCACCUGAGGAACUGGCAGGGAUCCUGAAGGAGCGCUGCAAGCUUCCGCCUUCGUAUGGCGCCAGGAUGGUGUCCGUCAUGUGCGAGCUGCAGCUGCGCCGGCGGGAGACCGGCGUCUUUGCGGGGCGCCACGGCUACAUGACCCUGCGGGACCUCUUCCGUUGGGCGGAGCGGUACCGCCGCACCGAGUCCCCUGCCGGCGGCUUCUUCGACUGGAACCAGUACUUGGCCGAGGAAGGAUAUGCCCUCCUUGCCGGACGUGUCCGGCGCCCUCAAGAGGAGCAGCUGGUUUCCGAGGUGCUGGCCAAGCACUUCAAGUGCAAGGUGGACCCUGAGCGGUUGUUCUCUCGCGUCCCCUGCGAGGUUCCGCCUCCCGGGUUCUCCCACCUUGUCUGGACGGCAGAUGCCCGCCGUCUGGCUGCGCUGCUGGAGCGAGCGUGGCGCUUCGAAGAACCGGUCCUGCUGGUUGGAGACACCGGGUGUGGCAAGACGACGCUGUGCGAGCUCUGGGCAGCGCUGCAGGGCCAGCGCCUGCGCUCGGUGAGCUGCCACCUCCACUCUGAGGCCGGAGACCUGCUGGGGGGCCUGCGCCCCGGGCGCCAGACGGGGGGCCCCUUGUUCGAGUGGGCGGACGGGCCCCUGGUGGAAGCCAUGGACCGGGGGGACGCCUUCCUCGUGGACGAGAUCAACCUGGCUGAAGAUGCCGUGCUGGAGCGCCUCAACAGCCUGCUGGAGCCUGAGCGCACCCUGCUGCUGCCGGAGGAAGGCGGCAGGCAGCUGGUGGCUCACCCACAGUUCCGCCUGCUGGCAACCAUGAACCCUGGCGGAGACUUCGGCAAGAGAGAGCUCUCGCCAGCGCUGAGGAACCGUUUCACGGAGAUCUGGUGUCCCAGCACGGUCUCCUCGGCCGACCUAGCCGCCAUCGCCGACCACAACCUCGGGGCAGACGUGCGGCUGGGUUCUCUGACGCUUGGCGCGGCCAUGGCCGACUUCCUGGACUGGAUCCGCAUUGACGAGCUGGGCCACCGGUGCGUGGCCACCGCUCGCGACGUGCUCGCCUGGGCAGACCUGGUCAAAUGCUGCACUUCGAGCGGUGCCAUGAGCCUGGCGGCCAGUUACGUCCACGGCGCCCGGCUGGCGUUCCUGGAUGGACUCGGCACCGGCACGACCGGGUCCGAAGGUCCCAGUGCGGUGACUGCCCUGAGGGUGCGUGCCCUGGCAGUGCUGCAGAGGCAGCUGGUGGCGCAGCUAACGAGCAGCGGCGUCCCUGAAGACGCCUGGCAGGCGCUUCGGGACUGCGCUGACAUGGACGUGGUGCAGGACUCCCGCGGCUUGCGCCUGGGGCCUUUCCUGCUCCCCACCGGUCCCCUGGGGGCCGUCUCCCUAGAGGAGGCCCACUACAGCCUGCGAGCGGGCACCCCCCGUGCCAACGCGCUGCGCCUCGUGCGUGCGCUUCAGCUGGACAAGCCCGUGCUGCUGGAAGGGCCGCCCGGCGUCGGAAAGACCAGCCUGGUCACCGCACUGGCCAGGGCCUCGGGGCACCCCAUCACGCGCAUCAACCUCUCGGAGCAGACGGACAUCUCGGACCUGUUUGGAGCAGACUUGCCCGUGGAGGGAGGCGGGGCGGGCCAGUUUGCCUGGAGGGACGGACCCCUGCUGCGGGCCCUGAGGGAGGGGCACUGGGUCCUGCUGGACGAACUGAACCUGGCUUCCCAGAGUGUCCUGGAGGGCCUCAACGCCUGCCUGGACUACCGGGGGGCGGUGUUUGUGCCCGAGCUAAACCGUAGCUUCCGGGUGGCGCGGGGCCGCACCCGUCUGUUCGGCUGCCAGAACCCGUACCGGCAGGGUGGGGCACGAAAGGGCCUGCCGCGCUCCUUCCUCAACCGCUUCACUCAGCUGGCCUUGGAGCCCCUGGGGCAGAGGGACCUUGAGGUCCUGGCACGCUGCCUGCACCCGGGCCUGCCGGAGUCCACCCUGCGCAGCAUGGUCCUCUUCAACCAGGAGCUGGCCAACCAGGUGCAGGACCAGUGCCUUUGGGGCACCCUGGGCAGCCCCUGGGAGUUCAACCUGCGGGACGUCUCUCGCUGGGCCCACAUGAUGGAGGUGGGGCCUCCCAACGCCGGAGAUCACGUGGCAAUUGCAUACGCCGGCCGCAUGCGCUCCCCGCAGGACAGGGAAAAGGUGCUGCGGCUGUACGAGAAGGUGUUCGGAGAAGCUGCACCGCGCCGGGAAUCCGAAGUGCGGUUGGCAAAUGGCUGGCUCCGCAUCGGCCACGCGCUGCUGACCCGGGGACACUUGGGGAACGACCCUCCAAGCCGCGACUGGCGAAGCUUGCGGCUGCUGCAUGUUCAAGCGACCACCCUGGAGGUGCUGGCCAAGUGUGUGGAGUGUGGAUUUGCGGCCCUGCUAGUGGGGCCUUCGGGAGCGGGCAAGAGUGCCCUGGUGCACACCUUGGCAGGGCUGGCAGGGCACCCGCUGGCCGUGUUUCCCGUGGGCGCUGCCACCGACGCCCUUGAGCUGCUCGGCAACUUCGAACAGGUGGACCUGUCGAAGAAGGUGGACGAAGUGCUGGGUCGCAUCGAGGAGCGCCUGAACGGCUUGCUACGGCAGGCGGCUUCCCCCCGGCCGGCCCCUGGUCUUCAGCAGCUGAUGGCGGCCAGCAGCCAGAUUCACGCGGCGUGGCCCUCUAGGACGGCCGGCCAGGACACCCUUCUUCGGCGGCUCGGGGACCUCCGCCGUCUGCUUUCGGGCCUUUCACAGACCUCUGGAUGGACGGACGUGCUGACGGAGCUGGAGCAGCUGGAGAAGGAGGCCGCCCACCCGGAGUCCCUCGGAGGUCGCUUCGAGUGGCGGGACAGCGUGCUGGUGACGAGCCUCAUCCGCGGCGACUGGCUCCUGCUGGAGAACGUCAACCUUUGCAGCGCGUCGGUGCUUGACCGACUCAACGGGCUGCUGGAACCUGACGGUGUGCUUCCCCUGACGGAGCAGGGCGUCGUGGGGGAGGCCCUGAGGGUGGUGCGGCCGCACCCUGACUUCAGGCUCAUCAUGACCAUGGACCCCAGGCACGGAGAGAUAUCUCGAGCCAUGCGCAACCGCGCUGUGGAAGUCUACCUUCCGGGAGAGGAGGACGGAGGGACCCUGGACUUGUGGGACACACAGGCCCUGCUGGCAUCUGCAGGGCUGCUGCAGCCUGGACUCAGCGGUCCACUUUACGAAGCUCACAGAGCAUUCAGCGCGGCCUCCGCCCAUGGCCGCAAAGCCACCUUGACCAACCUGAGGCAAGCCGUGGCGCUCAGCGUCCACAGGCUCGAGAGUGGUGUCUUGCCAUUGGACGCCGUGCGGAGCAGCUUCGCCGAGACUCACCUGGUGGCGUGGGAUCCACGGGAAGCGGAGGUGGCGUGCCAGUCCCUCGAGGGAGUGUCCUGGGAGGGCACGCAGCUGCCGCAAGCCCAGCAGCUCCUGCUGUCUCUUGUGGCGUCGCCGCCACUCUGGGCGUUGGAGAGGCACUGCGAAGCUGCCCAAAUCUGGAGUGACAGCCUGGCCUUGUGUGCCGUUCUGGCAACUUUGUCGGAACCAUCCAGGGUGGUUCUGCCCACACCUCUGGAACUUCAAGGGGUAGAGCCCCAGUCACUGCUGGGCAUGGCAACGCGACUCCUGCUGGAACCCUGCACGCACAACAACCUGAGCCUGCGCAUAUCCUGGCUGCAGCACCUGGCACGGUCCUUCAAGUAUCCACCUGAGCUCGAGCCCUUCCUGAGGUGCCAUCUUUCUCUUUUGGGGAACAACGCACUCCUGCAGCAGAUUCUGUCAAGUCUGCUGGACACUCUCAAGCUAGACGGAGCCGGCACCUCUGUUGGAGUCCCGCUCCGUCUAGAAGACCUGCCUCUAGACCUGUAUCAGUGUCCUGACCUCCUGGCUCGCCUGUGGCCUCGUGGCACCCUGGAUGAAGAGCUCCGGGCCUCCUCACUUUGGCUCCAGCUGCUUCUUCGCCAGUGGGACCUCGAGGCACGUCUCCCGACUCUGGUGGAGCCACGAGAUCCCAAGGCCCCUCGUUUGGGUGACCCUCUGUCCCGCAUGUUGGCCGCGUUCAUCGAUUGGCUGACAAGUGUUGCCCCCGUUGAGGAAAUCUACAGCAAGGCACGACUGGCCCAAGAACACAUAGAACGACUGUGGCAGGCCUGCAGCGAACCCGACAUUUCACAUUGCCUCACCGCCCCACGCUCGGCACGUAUCGCCCAGCACUGGAGCUGGCUUCGCAAGGCUUUGAGCCACUUGACUCCCCACAAGGAUGCCAGGCCAGAAGACGACAGCGACUCCCCGUCGCUUGCGUCGACCGUGGCCCGGGUGGACCAGUGCCUCCUUGACCACCUCGCACUGCACCAACACAAGCUUCGGAACCGCGUGGCAAAGCGUCUGGGUGAACCGCAACCAUUGCGGGAAGAGGAAAAUGCUGUGGCCUUUGAAAAGGCAUGCGGGCUUGCUCAGCGUGUGUGGGAGCUUGCCCGAGGUUGUGAGCAGGCCGAAGCAAGCUUGUCUUCUGCCUGUGCUUUGGAAAAGUUGCCAGCCCUGGAGGACUAUCUCGUUCAGCUCCUGCGAGGCACACCGAACCCAGGCCAAGAUCUGCUAGCUACCCUGGAAAAGGAGCUUCUGCCAGUUGAAGAGGACAAUAAAAAGACGAUCGCUCGGGCCGCAGUCAGCCCUGUGGAUGCGCUGCGAGACCUCGUGCAACUGGUUGAAGAGAGCCUGGCCCUCGAGUCUUUUCUGGAAGGCCGCACCGAGGGUAGUCCAAAGCGAGGGACCCUCUGGCACCCGCUGCAUGGCGCAGCCUCUGCCCUAGCCCUUGGCAAGGACCUGCCGGAAAGCAACAGGAAACCCCUGCUGGGGGAGGUGUCGGCAUGGUGGGUGGAACACCUGUGUGGACUCUGGGACACGCCCACUCACCUGGGCGUCGCCCUGGCUCAAAGCGUCGGAUGGCAAGAUCGCCAGACUGCGGCAGGAUGGCUGGAGGGCCAUCAGGUGUACCUAAGCCCCCUCAUGACUGUGACCUGCUGUGCCAUGGCCGACGGCCCCGGCUUCCACCUGGGGCUUCGAGACCGCUCGCCCAAGUGCGCAGAGCUGGAGGCCCAGAGGCGGCUGUUGGCACGGGGCACAGAUCCUCGCACCCUCUGGACCAGUCAGGCAGCUGCUCUGGAGCAGUGGUUUUCUCAGCUGGUCUCGACUCUGCCCGGUUUUGCUGGGAGGGAAGGCGACUGGUGGAUCCAGCUAGACAUUCCGGAAGAGUUUCAGCUGCUGGUGCGAGACGCUGCCCAGCAGCUGCAGGCAUUGGCAGACAGCCGCCCCUGGUCUCCGGAGCGCCUCUGGUGUUUGGGACUGGCCUGGGCCCGUGUGGGACUGUGCAGCCUGCAGCUGUUGGUGCCGUGGGACCCCGUGGAUCCCGUCUACAAGGUUGCCCUUAAAGUGGCACACGUGGAGAAGGAGCUUUCGAAUCGGGAUGCGGAGCAACGUCUUCGUCACUGGGCGCACCGGGCACAUACGGGCAAGCCGCCGUGCCUUGAGGGCCACCCGGCCCUCGCUUUGGAGGCGGCACGCCGGCAGCAACUUGCAACCCAGCUGCAACGUUUGUGCGCAAGGAAAGCCCACCGGGGCCCCAACAGCCAGUACGAAGAGCUUGCCCGUCAGAUGCGCCAUUGCGCUGCCACUCUGGGCAGCAAGGAGCGGGUUGGAGCCGUCUUACAAGGCCUCGAAAACGCCCGGCAAGGCUCCCGUGCACCGGACGCCGAAGCCCGGUCUUGCCUGGCCGCCCAGGAGGCAACGGUGCGACGGCUGCGGCUGGAGCACCCCACGUUCAGGGACCUGUGCUACCCCUUCCUCUGUGGCCUGGCCCAGAUGGCCCAGGGAAUUCGAGUCCUGGCAACGCUGGCCUCGUCGAGAAGCUGCACGUCCAAGGAUCCCCGCCGCGAGCUGGUGCUAUGCCAAGGACUGAUGUUCCCGACAGGGAUGUCCCCCAAAGCAGUGUCCGACCUGCUGUGCGGCUCUCAGGCUUCCACCCUGGCAAGCAGUGGAUCCCAGCGACUGCUGCUUCUCAGAUCGGCGCUACUGGAGCUGGUUAAUGGCAGGCUCUCGGAUCACGCACGCACCACGCAAUGGCUCAGGGCCGCCCGUCCCGUGCUUGGCCAGCUGGUCCAUGCCUGGCAGCAGAACGAGGAAGAGGAGCGCCAGAAGCAGGAGAAGGAACAGAGCUUGUACCAGUACCGCUGCCACGCAGGGGAGCCAUCCCAAGAAGAGCUGGACGAGCAACAGCGACGAGCCCUCUUCCCCAGCUAUGCCGAGGAAUUUGAGGAGGAGAAGGACGUUCUGGAGACAAAGGAGCAGCCCUGCGUGGUACCACCUGCCGCCUUCGGAGACAAGGAGGCGUCCGAAGUGUGGCGAUGCCAUGCCGUCCUCGCAGAUCCUGGCAAGCCUUUGGGAAGCGUAGACUGGCUCGGUGCCCUCGAGCUGCGUUGCCGGGCGCUGCGAGACUCUGUGCGGCAGCUGGGACCCUCUUUGGAUCCGGAACUGGACUUGGAGCUCUUGGGCAGCCACAUGGUAUCAUGCUGGUCCCUGGAGCAACGCCUGCGGGCUCCCGAAAAGAAUGUGGCAGAGGAGGCGGUCAAGGGCCACCAGUUUGACUUGUACCAUGACGGCGUCCUGGAGGAGAUGGCGCUGUGCGAACGGCCGCUACGCUGCAUCAUGGCACGGGCCGAGGCCCUGCUCGAGCAGUUUCCUGGGCACCCCGGUCUGACCAGGCUGCUGCAAGUGUGCAGGCGUGUGCUGAGCCUAGAGGUGUCGUCUCCCCUGAUGCGAGUGCUCCAGGGGCUGGAGAUGCUGCUGGUCGUAGGGCAGGAAUGGGAAAACGGCGCUCACAGGAACAUCUCUCUGUCUGCCGAGCUAAACGAGAUCACCCAGCUGGUAGUUCGUUGGCGCAAGCUGGAGCUGCAGGGCUGGUCGCGCUGCCUGGACUCUGUACAGCAGAAGCGACGUGAUGGCCAGGCCCGCUGGUGGUUCUUCUUGCACCAGCUGCUGGCUCCUCUGAUUCAGAAGAGCAAGUCGUCGCUCGAUGACAAGACGCGUCAGCGCGUUGGGGACGAGCUGGUGCGCUUCCUGGGGGAAUGCCGGCUGGGUGACCUGGAGUCACGGCUGGACCUCGUGCGGCCCUUUCUGCACGAGGCCCUGGCCUCGGGCGCUCCCCUGCGAGGCCUGCUCUUCAACCUGUGCCACUUCUACGGACAGUACCUGCCGGCCGUACAGGCACGCAUCCAGCGCGACCGGGAGCCCAUCGAGAAGAAGCUCAAGGAGUAUGUGCGCAUUGUCCGUUGGAAGGACAUCAGCUUCUGGGCCAUCAAGCAGACCGUGGAAAAGUCUCACCGAGUGCUGCACAGCCACAUGAAGGACUUCCAGCUUGUCCUAGACCAGGAGGCAAGCUGCACUUUUGAAGCACCUCCCCAACGGCAAGAGGAAGACGGCGAGCGAGGCUCCCUUUGCCUGGACCUUAAGCCUCGCCGAUUCCUGGGACCCGUGCCUUCCAAAGAGGACGGAGUGCCGCGCUAUGCUCGUCGGAUGCGGCAGCUGCUGGGGCGCGUGCUGCGCAACGAUGCCCUGGCGGAGCUGACGCUGGAGUUGGACCAGCUGGCGGGGCAAGUGGUGGCAACUGUGCUGGACUUCGAGAAGCAGGACGCCAUGUUGGGGCGCCCGGGACCCAAGGGAGACCCAGAGGCGGACAAGCGUCGGCAGCAGGCACGGCUGGCACAGCAGCUCAAGCGCAAGGCACUCGCCGACCUGCUCAAGGCGCUCGCUCAGCUCGGGCUGUCCCAUCGCAAGGGCCAGCUGCGGGGUGCCACGCCACGCAGCAUGCUCGAGGCGCCUGCACUGGAACUGAGUGCCACGCUGAGGGACGGAGCAGCAGGCGCGGCCCUGGAGAGCAACUGGCAGGGCUGCCACAGUUACUACUACCGCAGCGUGGCCGGCCUGUCCACCCUGGCAGCAAGCUGUCCCAGCAAGGAAUUGGACCCGCAGCUGAUGGAUCGGUGCUGUGGCUUUGCCGCCCAUCUGGCAACACUGGCCGUGGAAGACCGCACCCGCUCCUGCGAGGUGCUGGCAAACCUGGAGAAGCUCAGGGCCCUAUCCACCAGCGUGGAGCUGGCUGCCAAGGGCCCACUGCCCCCUCAAACAUUCCUCGACCACUGGAAGGGAAAGGUGGCGGCAACACUGUCUCAAGCAGCCGUGCAGUUGGACCAGGUGUUGGUGCUGCUGCGUGCCUGGCCACGGGACGAGGCUGCCCCUGUCCAGGCGACGGAACUCGCUGUCGGACGUCUCCAGGCACACCUGGCACCCCUGGAGCAGUGCGCCCGGCUGCUGGCAUUGCCGGCCACCCAAGGACUACUGGGACGCCCCGAGCCAGACCUCUUAGAAGGCGCAGUGCAGCAACUGGCUGCAUUGAGCCGAGAGGCGCACCAGUCGAGCGGCACCCUGUGUCCGCCCCUUGCGAGACACCUCUGGGCACUUGCCGAGCCCCUGGAUGUCCUGGCCGAGGACUGGGCUCAGGCGCGGGCCCCGAGCCCCGACGGCGAGGCCCCGCCCUCGGACGCGCUGGCGAGGCGACUUCUCGUGGCGGUGCAGCGGCUGCACGGGCACCUGGGUGGCACUCCGGGAGACCCCGCUUCGGGGCCCCACCUGACCCUGCUGCGGGACAACCUGCAGGAGGCCUUCGUACGGAUGGACUUGGAGCAGACGUGCAAGCUAACGGGGCGCCUGGUGCGGCACCUGCGUCGGCACGGCGUGGACGAAAAUGCCAGCCAAGCCUGCGAUGCCGUCGUUCCGCUGCUGCGGCAGUACCUGGGUGCAUGCCGCUACCUGGCAUCCCUGCAGCUGGCCGCCCAUCGCUCUGGGCUCAAGCUGCUCCACAUUCUGGCCUCCCUGUUCUCCACCCUGGCCAAGAAGGGCCUGUGCCUCCCCGAGGAGUGGCGGGAGGAGCUUGAGCGGGAGGGGGCGCCCGAGCUGCAGGAGCUGGAGGACGGGGGUCUGGGGGAGGGCGAGGGAGCCAAGGAUGUCAGCGACCGCAUAGAGUCCCAGGACCAGCUGGAGGGAACCCGCAGCGAGCAGAAGGAAGAGCCCGAAGAGGAACAGAGGGCUCCCAAGGACGAAGAGCACGGCGUGGAGAUGACCGAGGACUUCGAAGCCCCUGCCCAGGACCCCGAAGAGGGAGAGGGGGAAGAGGGGGACGAGAGUGAGGAGGAAGACAAGGAUGAGCUGGAUGACCAGAUGGGCGACGUCCAGGGAGACGACCAGUUGGACCAGGAGCUGUGGGAUAAAGAAGAGCAAGAGGACAGCAAGGAGGAAGAGGAGGAGGAGGAGGUGGCAGCAGAAGGGGAGCCCUGUGCGGAGGAGCCGCAGCUGGGCGCUCGUGACGAAGAUGCGGCUCCGCAGAGAGAGGAGCCUGCAGGGGCACCCCCAGAGGAUGAGAAGGCCCCCGAUGAUGGUCCCGAAGUGGCACCAGAGGGCCCUCCGGACGACUCCACGAUCGGGGAACCUCCAGAUCCACAGGAGCCAGAGCCCUUGAACCUCCCGGAAGACAUGCAGUUGGGCUCAGAUGCCGAGGACGCUGAAGGAGAGGAGCCUCAAGAGGCCCCUCCUUCAGAGGCAGUGGAGGAAGCGAAGGAGGAAGGGGAAGACCAGGUCACCGAAGACAAGAUGGAGCAGGGAGAAGAAGAGGGGGAGGGCACACAGGAGGGUGCUCCGCCUCCAAUAGACAUGCAGAACCUGGAUGGCGCAGUCCCCGAGGCCGAAGACGGAGGCACGGACGGAGCUGGUGCGAGUCACGGCACCACUUUGCACGGAGCCUCGACGGAGGAGCACGGUCCUCAGGAAAAGGAGAGCGAACAAGGAGGAGGACCCGUCGGAGGUUGCGCCGAAGUCGGCACAGGACAGUCCGAUGCCGACGCCAACGACCCUGGCACAUCCCUGAAGACGUCUCACGAACGAAGCCUGGCAAACAAGGAGGAGAACAAAGCCGGCAAGAGGCUCCACACCGUCGACUCGAGAAGAGCUCCGAAAGAAGCCUCGGAGACAUUCCGACACGUGGGAGAUGACGAAGCGCACGAUGAAGUGGCCCUAGACACGGCCACGCUCGACCAGACCCAGGGUGGCAUUGAACGUUUGGAAGAAGAACAGCUACCCGAGACGCUACGCCCAGAGAGCCCGGAAGAAGAGACGCCAGAGCCUCCACAGGAGAGCGCGCAGCGGGAGAGAGCGUCAGGACACCAGCAGCCGAGCGCCGGCGAAGACCCGGUCCCGAGGGAAGGGCCCGUGGCGGAGACGGCACACGUCGAGAGGGGCCCCGAGGCCAGCUUCCACACGAGGAUGGAUGUCCUUGAGGGAGAGGAAGAAGAGAGAGCGAGAGCCCCCGAGCCGGGGCAGGAACUCUGCUCGGCAGAAAGUCCCGCGUGGGCGGCCUGGGAGGAGGCGGAACGCGCGGUGGCACCCCUUGUCACGGAGCUGUGCGAGCAGUUACGACUGGUGCUCGAACCCACAAGGGCUUCGAGGCUGCGAGGCGACUUCCGAUCCGGAAAGCGACUUAGUAUGCGGCGGGUCAUCGCAUACCUGGCGAGUCAGCUGCGCAGGGACAAGAUGUGGCUGCGGAGAGUGCAGCCCUCACAGCGCCAGUACAGGGUGCUGCUGGCGGUGGACGACUCCCUGAGCAUGGGCCCCAGCGGUCCCCUCGCCCUCCAGUCCCUGGCACUGCUGGCACAGGCACUGAGCCUGCUGGAAGCCGGGGAGCUGGCGGUCGCGAGCUUCGGGGAGAGCGUCCGUCUGCUACACCCGCUGGGGCGCCCGUGGACGAGGGAGGCCGGGGCCAACGUGGCAGGCGCGCUGGGAUUCGACCAGGGACGCACACGGGUGGCACCGCUGCUGCGAGCCGCGGAGGCUCUGCUGCCCACAGGUCCCGACGCCGCCCGCCUGGUGCUGCUGGUCUCAGACGGCCGGGGGAUCUGCAGCGAGGGGGACGUGGCAGCCGCCGUGCGGGACGCCCACUCCCAGGGGCUGCUCAUGGUGUUCCUGGUGCUCGACUGCCUCGGGGGCAAGGACUCCAUCUUGGAAGUCCGCAAGCCGGAGUUUGGGCCAUCGGGAGAGGUGCGCCUGCGGAGCUACAUGGAACACUUCCCUUUUCCCUUCUACCUUCUCCUUCGGGACUUGGCCUCAAUGCCUGCCGUGCUUGGUGAGGCACUUCGCCAGUGGUUGGAGCUAGUGGCGCAGGCGUAGCGGACAACAUCCCGUCAAGUGUGUCGUGCCAUUCAAAAGAAAAGUCUAAUAGGAACACCGUUAUUAAAUACAACUUUACUCGUC